AUGGCAAGUUACACGAUAACCGUAUAUGUAUGGUACAAGAGUACUGUGGUAAGCUCUGACUUUACUCUGUGUCCUAAAGACUAUCAAUUGGGUCACUCGAUCAGCGCAUGUUAUUAUCCUUUAAGCACUGUUGAAACCCCUUUUCCGCUUGAGUGGUAUCUCACAACCCCUGCUACCCUGUGCUACAAUCAUGCCCGGUUGAGUUUCCUGGAUAAGCACUCUUCCAAGGGAUCUCAUACAUGGGAAGGGUUAGAUGACAGUAUUCCAAGGAAUUUUACCGCCUCCUUCCUGGGUUAUCUUAAUAUUUCUCAAGCGGGAGAGUACAGAUUUAAGGUUCUGGCAUCCACGGGCUUUCGUUUAUACGUUGGAAACACGACUCUUCCCCUGCUGAAUGCCUUCAAUCUGUCCAAUCCUGCAGUGGAGUUAGAGAGCGAGGGAGUCUUUCUAAGCAAGGGAAAGCACGUAUUCAUGCUGUUUUAUUUGAAUGGCUGCAAGACCGCGCAGCUGCAUGUGUUUUUCUCCUAUUCUGAUUCCUACUCCAGUUCGAAUCGUACAGAUGGACCUUUCCAUAAUAAGGACUCUCAAUCGAAUUGGAAGAUCAUUGAUUCCACAAUGCUGGUAGCGGGAGGAAUCUCGCCUCAGAAUCUUGUCGUCAAAGACGUUCUAAGUUUCCGUGAGCAUUACAUUAGAUCGGAGCCUCCAAAAUUCAGUGCAGCGCAGUGCGCGUCCUAUUCUUUAAGCGCUUCUCUUCCAUUUAAUUUAGAUUUCGAUCCAGAUCAAGGCAUCAUCUAUGGAAUGCUUUAUACGUCUGUGGUGGAGAAGCAAUAUGAAUUAUGCUGUAACUCCGCUUUCGGAAGGCUUUUGUCGACCUAUACUCCACUCACGGGUCUUACCGCACGAUUCUACGCCAUAAACAAUGAAACGGAUAUUUGUGCGAACCCUGAAGUGGUAACGGACCACUUAGAUUUGCUGCUGGAGCAUGUCGUAGAAUCCGUUUCCAUCACGGGCAUUUCGAGUUUGCCGCCUCUUCCUGAUGAGUUGCAUAACCAGUUCUACGCGACGUGGGAAGGAUUUUUCAAAUCGUGCGUCAGCGGAGAUCACUACUUUUGGAUUCAAUACAUCGGGGGAAUUCGCGUCUGGAUCAGGAAUGAUUUGUGUAAAGAAAAAUGGAGUUGCAGCACACAGACUCAAGAUAUGUAUUUUGCAUUUUACAUUUACAGUGGCGACUAUAUUCCGCUUCGGAUCGAAUUCUUUUCUCCCAUGACAAGCAAUAUCAUGGUGAAGCUCAAAGUGAAAAAACCGGGGGAUGUCUCGUAUUACACGCCCCAAACAGACAAUCUCUUCCACCUUCCAAGCACCGUACUGAGUUAUUCGAAGCCCCGAACAAUCUACUAUAUUCGCGAUAAGCUCGAUAUGAAUACGUUUACGUUGUUUGGAACAACAAAGGCCGUUUCCUCCUUCUCGAUCCGUCCAGCACUUCCCAGUGGUCUGACGCUGAAGAAUGGAGUGAUUAUGGGGGUCGUAACGACGACGUCGCCUGAGACCACAUACGAUGUGAAGUGCAAACUAGUGGAUGGAACCAUCUAUCAUUCGGAUGUGGUCAUUACAGUGAGGAAUAUUUCCAUUCCGAUGGAUGUCCGUGUGGAAGACAAAGAGGGAAACAGACUCGAUACUAUCACGGUUUAUCAAUUCGAAUCGAUCCCCACACUCUACUUCAAGAGCGAUACUGUCGUGAAUUUGUGGAAUAUUAUUCCAGCGAUUCCACAAGGUCUCACAUUCGACCCGAUUCAUGGAAUUUUGUCAGGUCGGAUCACAGUGAAGGGGAAUUUUACUUUUACGAUUAGCGCACAAAACAAGGCUGGGAUUUCGUCAAGUCGCUUUCACAUCAGCAGCAAUGGCUGUGCUCUUGGUCCUAUUUACUAUACUUCCUUGUCAAUGGGAACAUCUGGAUGGCUUGUUUUAGAAGAUUCAUCGGGUGUUGCUUUGCAAGGAGCGGUUACAGAAGGGGAUUAUGGAAUUGUCAUGUGUGUUCCUAUUCAGUUGUACUCUCUGCAUUUCAAUUGUACCGACGCAGAGAGCGAUUGCGUCUUGCGGAUUAUGCGCGAAGAUGGGCUUUGUUUCUUCCACUCGAUUGUGCUAUACCGCAGUCUGCUGAACUCGCGAAUCAUUCUUGUCGAGAAAGAGGCUCCGAUCAUUAUGGUUCCCAAAAAGGAUUUCUAUUUAGCCGUGAAUGCGGAAUUCUCUGUUUCAUUCUCGAUCAGCAACUCUUUUCAUGGCUUGGAGUUCUCUCCGUCUCUCCCUUCCACAAUACAUUUCAACCAUGAGCGACUUGAGCUUUCAGGGUACAUUCCAUAUACAGGCAUCCUAACCUAUACCGUUUCGAGCUACAAUGAAAUUGGAUACACGCAUCUUCAGCUCUCCUUUUAUGUUGGAUUAUGUCCUGAUCAGAAAUAUAUGAUCUAUAUCACGCGAUCGGCGUCACGUGUGGGAGAAGCGGUAGAGAUCAUCCAAGAAAACGAAACAGUGUAUUCUUAUGAAUUCCAUGCUGGUUCUUUCCGAGAGAUGCUUUGCUUGGAUCGAGGAGAGUAUUUAAUCCGAAUGACAGAUACCUCGGGACUUGGAUGGACCCCAGGGAGCGAUUUGGUUAUCACCGAUCAGAAGGAUCGGUUCUUGGGCUCUUUUAGUCUUGAGCUGGACAAGACAGAACAGGAAGAAGUGUUUCCCUUUACGAGUUUGGUGAAUGAGAAGAGUUAUAUCAAGUAUCUCAUUCCCACGCUCGCUCCACUGCCUGCAUGGAAAUCUCCAACAUUCGAGGACACGAAUUGGGGCUUGACCAUUCCCGCAGAUGACGUCACGGUCUCAGGUGGAUUGACGACCGUGUACUUCCGGAAGCACUUCACCGUCAACUCCAGCUCUCCGACAUUUCUGAUCAUUUCUGUGCUCGUGCAGGAAGGCCUGAUCGUUUAUUUCCAAGGCUCUGAAAUCGGCCGAGUCAACCUUCCCGCUGGGACAAUUUAUCACUCCACCACAGCAACACAUCGCUUUUCCGAAGCGACGUGGCUGAGCUAUACGACGAUGAUGCCGAGCGAUGGGACGGAUCUUGUCGUGAGCGCUGAGCUCCAUCGAGAGCGCAUUGUGGCUUCUGGUACCGUGAAAUUCGAUGUGUUUGUUACUUGUUCCACAUCGGCUUCUCUGUUCUGUGCGUUUAAUCCGAUCAUUGAAGCGAGCAAUCACACCAUCCACAUGGAUCACCUUCCGGUCGCCGCGUUCGACGGGAACUCGACGACUUCGUGGAUGGAUGAGGGACUGCCUGUCUGGAUUUCGGCAUCGGCUUCGUCUUCAAGACAGGAAGGCUUUGUAGCGAAUCGCGUUGACAUUUCGAUUGGUGAGGACUGGAGUUGGCAAGUGCCGAAUACUUUUUUUGUGUGGGGAAUUGAUAUGUUGGGGGGACACAAAGAUUUGGCGCUUGUGAACGCAAAGAACUUAUUCGCAUAUUCCUACGCGACGCACAGCUUUUAUUUCCAAAACAACGUUUCGUAUGUGGGGUAUGGACUGACAAUCGCUUCCGUUUUGGGGGGAAACUCGACUCUUCUGUCGUCAGUCGCGUUCUAUUUGUCCCGUUCGGUUGAAUGUUCGUCUCAAGAUGGAUGGCCAACGAUUCAGGCAGGGACGAUUGCCUUUAAAGAGUGUCCGAAGCUGCAGAUAGGGAAGCAAAGGCGCGAAUGCGUUCAUCAGAAUGGAAAGGGAGUGUGGAUGGAUGUAGACAUGGAGGGAUGUGUGACUCGCUAUCCUUCCUCUGGCAGAGCGUUUGUGGACUUUACCCUGGAAGUUCGGAAUUGCUCGUUGCAGCUGUGGGAGAGGCGAGUGAGAUCCAUAGCAACAAAGGUCUUGCUUCAAACUACACAACAGAACGGCGAUCAGUUGAAAGAAGUGUUGAGUUACGAGGAGGACAUUGAUCUCUUUGCUCUCUCCGUGUUUUUCCGCUUUUCGUUAGGAACCAAAGAGGCGGAAAUGGUAAAAGGGAGAUUAGAAGAGGCCAAAGGGGAAUUGACACAGUUGAUGUAUUUGGAACCUGAUCUCCCCGUUGGCUUGGAGUUUGUGAUCAAUGGGGAUAUCCAACUUCGCCGUUUCUAUCUUUAUAUCGUUAUUGUAUGUGUCUGUUUAGUUUCUGCUAUUAUGUAUUUUGUGUAUUGCUAUGUGUAUUGGCUUUGGAACCAUUCUUGUAUGCACUUUAGAGUACAAAAGAUGGAUCUUUUACCUACCAAGAACUAA